AUGAGCGUUAGCUCAAAUACCAGGGUCAAAAAAAGCAAGGACAACUCAGUUCUGAAACCAAACAUUAUUGGCGAAGUUAAAUUUAACCUAACAAUAAAAAAGGCAAAACCAGACAAGAAAAGCAACAACAAGAGAAUUAAUAUGCCAAUGGAAGAAACAAAUGCUGAAGCUUCAGGAAGUAAGAUAAAUUCACAGAUAGUAAUAUUAACAAAUGAAAAAAUAGUAGAAGAUAACGUCAAUACGAACAUAGAAGUUAUGGAAGAAAUCGAAAGUGGAAAUAACGAAUUACAAGAAGACAUUAAAACGACUACUAGUCUGAAUGGCGCAGUAACUUCAACGCAAAAAAAUAUAAAAUCUGGACCUACGCAGGAAAAAAUCAUGGGGAAAAAUAUCAGUGAAAAAGUAGAAAAAGUUAGAAAAAUUUUAAAAAAAGAAACAGCAGUUGUCCUGGUAAAAACUGAAGUAUUCAAGGACAAUAGAAUGAUUUCUGCAUUAUAUGACAAUGAAGAAGAAAUGGAAAAGGGCAAAAGAAAUUCAGUUAAGGAGCUAAUGCAUGGUGUGAAACUGUGGGACGUGCCGUUAAGAAUGAAAAAUAAAGAACUCAAAGAAGACCUAGAAAACAAAUAUGUUGCUAUUUUUAAAGAAAAAGAAGAUGCAAAAAAAGUCAUGGAAAAAUGGAGUAUUAUAAUUGGAGAAGACUCCUUGAGGGUUACACAAAUAGAUCAAACAGCUGAUAAUCUCAAAUCUAGAGGAGAACAUGUAACCAGAAUUAUCGGUCUACCCAAUGGUAUAACAGCACAAGAAGAACAAGAGAUUAACAAUAAUAAAACACCUGACAAAUCAAACAAAACUAUACCAAUGGAAAAAAUUUUAUCUACAAUGAACUCAAUGAUAAGUCGUAUGGAAUCGUUAGAAAUAAGCUAA